ACGUCUAGGUCUACCAACCUAACCAAUCUAAACACCAUCUUAGGGCAGCUGACAAUUGUUUGAGAAAAGAUUUUUGUGGGCAAACCUAUUUUAUUGUCCUAAAAUGGGUGCCUCAGUUGUUCCUAUCGCGGUUUUCACCGUUUUCUGGGGUGUUAUUGGGAUCGUGUGCCCAAUUUUCGCUCCUAAAGGACCAAACAGGGGUAUUAUCCAAGUAGUUUUGAUGCUAACAGCAGCUACCUGCUGGUUAUUCUGGCUGUGUGCAUACAUGGCACAAAUGAACCCACUCAUCGGGCCCAGAUUAGACAACGAUACGCUUAUCUGGAUGGCUCAUGCUUGGGGCAACCCCUACAAACAGUAAGCAGUUCCACUCAGUCAGCAUUUGCGUAGCAGAAGACCAUCUUACGAAGAAUACAACACAAAACAUUUAAUCUAUACCCACUUUAAAACAAAAAUUAUCAAAAAAUUUAGCUUUAAUUUUUAUUUAAAGUCAUCAUAUUGUAAAAUGUUUUGUGGUCUCCGAGUUUCUUGUUUAAUUGGAAUGUCUUGCGAAUAAUAUAAUUAAUUAUCAUUCCAUGUCUGAGAAGUAAAAAAAUGUAUUUCUAUAAGUUUGACUUAUCUGUAAAGUAUGUUUAUUAAAUUAUAAUAUAUAUAUUUUGUUUCAAUAAAUCUAGUUAACGAAUCA